CGGAAAGGCGAUACUCCACCAACCAUGGGCGCCGGACCGUCGGUCGUCGCCGAGAGUGUCGAGCACGCGCAAGGCGUCGCCGCGCUGCACGCCCACCAAUAUACGGAUGCGAUUGCGUGGCUGACCGCCGCGCUGUCGUCGACGCCUGACGCCGGCGCCAUCUAUGCGCACCGGUCGGCGGCGUACUUGGCCCUUGCCCAGCCCUCGAAAGCGCUUGACGAUGCCCUUCUUGCGAUCGACCUCUGCCCCAUGGCUGCGCAGGGCUACGCCUGCGCAGCGCGAGCCGCCGCACGCCUGGACGGCGGCUCAUGCGCCGCCCGAAUGUACGUCCAAAAGGCCGUUGCGCUGGCGCCCGACGACGCUGCCGUGUGUGCGCUGCAAGAUACGCUCAUGGCGUCGCAUGUGCCGCGGGCCGACGGUGUCAGCCACGUGUUUAGCUGGGGCGCCGGUGACGAUGCGCAGCUCGGCCACGGCGCGACGACGUCCAAAGCCAUGCCGACAAUGCUCGACGCCUUCCGUGGACGCCAAAUGGUUGCAGUAGCAUGCGGUGCCAUGCACACGAUAGCGAUCGGCGGCGCCCACGAGGUGUACGCCUGGGGCAACAAUCGGUACGGCCAGUGUGGGCUCGUUGGUGGCGACACGACGAUUCUCAUUCCGCAACUGGUGCCCGCCUUUGUCGGACAACCGGUGACCGCGGUCGCGUGCGGUGCCGGGCACUCGGUCGCCAUUCUACAUGACGGACGAGUCUUUAGCUGGGGCAUUGGCGCACAAGGCCAGCUCGGGCUCGGGCCAGACGUUUCGUCGUCGCGCCCGCAGUGUCUCCCGACGAUCGAGACAUGCGCAGUCGCGGUUGCCUGUGGGAUUGCCCACACCAUGCUACUGCUGGAAACCGGCGACGUUCUAAGCUGCGGGCUUAACCAGUACGGCCAACUCGGCCUCGGCUCGACGCGAGAAGGAAGCGUCGCAACGCCCCGACGGAUACCGCUCCCCGGUGGCGCCGUCCGGCACAUUGCAUGCGGUGGCGCACACUCGUGUCUCGUCGACGCUGCUGGUGUCAUAUUUACCUGUGGCUCCAACAGCUGCGGUCAGCUCGGGCUUGGCCACUACAACGACACCGGUACGUUUACGGCCAUAAGUGGUCUGCCACCUGUCGCGCUCGCCGUGUGCGGCGAAGAGUUUUCGGCGGCGCUCACCAAAGACAAGUGCAACAUCUUUACAUGGGGGCUCGGCCUGGCUGGUCAAAUGGGCGACGGGUCUAGCGACGGCUACUGCGACCCGCACCUUGUGCCCGACCUUCCAGAGACCAUCGACUUUCUCUGCGCCGGUCAAGCCCAAGUCUUUGCGCUUUGCGACACUGGCAGCGUCUAUACGUGGGGGUUGCCGGGCGAUCGAGCGUUUGACAUGGCGUCCAUGGUCCCUCGGCCGCAAAAGGUCGGUGCUUUCUUCGGCAAGAAACGAAUUCAAAUGCUCGCAUGUGGGCGAAAACACUAUAUCUUGCUCGCGCGCGGGGCCGUCGCGCACCGGACGACCUUGCAGUGGGCUAAGAACACGACGCGUUUCAUCGCCGGUGCAUGGGCCAAGUUUGAGCUCACGACGUACGAUAACCUCGGUGGCCGGUGCUCGACCGGGGGCUAUGUCUUUACGAGCCAUCUCUCGCUGUGCGACGCAGAUGAUGCGGCGACAACCCUUGGUUUGGCCUCAAAGGUCGAUGACGCGCAAGACACGGCGGUUGAAAUCAACGACAACAUGGACGGGACCUACAGCGGACGGUGUCGCUGCUAUCGCGCCGGGUCGUACCUCUUGCAUGUGACGCUGGACGCCAUCGGUAUUCAAGACCAUCCGCUAGCGCUGACAGUAGCACCGGCGCGCGUGUGCCCGGCACAGUGCAGUGUGGUCUGGCCACCGGACGUGGCCUUUCCGCUCGUGCAGCCGCCAUGCGCCACCGUCGAGGUGCAAGUGACCUUGCACGACGCGUUUGGCAACCGAGUAGUCCCAUGCACCGCCGCCGACGACGAGAACGACGACGUUGACGAGCCCGCGGUUCACUACCAGAUCGUCGACAGCGACAAUCGCGUUGUGACCAAGGCCAGUGGUGGGCAGCCAUUGACAUUACACUGGCCGUCAGCACCCGGCGCGUACACGCUCGACCUUGGUCUCAAUGGUCUCCGCGGCGAGAGUGAGGUGCGCGGCAGUUCGUAUUCGCUACGCGUUCAUGCCUCAAAUGCCGACACGUUGCGACAAGUAGCCCACCAGUUGACGGUCUCGGUGCCGACGACGAGUGUCGUGGGCGAGACGAUGGCGCUGCGCGUUCUCGCACCCGAGGCGCUUCCACUAGACUGCUACUUUGUGCUACAAUUUCAUUCGUUGCUGGCCGAGCACGGCCUUAGCGCGAGAGCGCUCGUGCGCUGGGGCGCGUCCGACCCGCUGACACCGACCUCGGUGACGGUAUCCGACCAUCCAUUCACAGCCACCCAUACCAUCAAAGUCGCAGGCACGUACGCAGUGGUGGCCACCAUCACGAACGGCGCUGACGCACAUACCAUCGGCGAGGUACCCCUCGAGAUGACACCGGGACGCGCGUCGCAUGAGUUUACGUUUGUCAGCAACGCGCGGCAGCUUUUGUCCGAGUGGACCAAUAGCGACGUUGCGCUGACACUGCUUCUCGACCUUCGUGACGCGUUUGGCAACAGCGCGGCACUGCAUGACGACGACGACGUCACCGCAUGGGUCGCGCCCACACAGGACGACACGCCGCCCAGAGACGGUUUACGCAUGUUGGAGAAUCGCGGCAGUCGUGUGAGCUUUCUCCUGCCAAGUGGCGGCUCCGAGCGCCUUGGCGCCUCCGCGUGGCUGCACAUACAUUUGAACGGGCACCCCAUCGAGUACGCUCCAUUUGCACUACUACGAGACGACGAAAAGCCAUCGCCGCCGAUCAUGACAGUCGAGAGCCUCCCGCCGCCCCUUCAGGACGCCGCGAGUAUCGAGCGGCUCCGGCUCGAAGAGGCCACGCGUCGACGGGCCACCGAGGCGUUGCGGCGGGAGCGCCAGAAGCGGCGUGACGAACUUGCCAAGCAACUCGCUUUACAGAGCAUGCGGCGGACCGGCGGCGGCUUUACCGUUCAGUUUACACCCUAAGCCGGCUUCGAGUACAUAGGAAAAUGUCAGUAGUAUUGCUCUUGCGACCACCUUUGC